AUGAUUUCUCGCGAAACACUACUAAAUGGAUCCACCUUGGACAUUCUUGUUCCAAACGGUAUCCUAAAUUUCACAGAGGAGGAUGCAAAGUUGCUAUUCACCUCGAAAGCACGAACCCAAACAUUUUAUGAUGAAAAUUUAAAUUUUUAUCUCAUCCUAAGUCUGCCCUAUGGUUUAAACAGCUUUGAUAAGUCUGUGGCCAAAGCGUUUUUUCAGAAUCUCGAAGUGAACGUUGAUGCGUCCCUGGUUGAAUCGGUUCCCCCACAAUCAAUCUAUAGUCUUUCGCUGAGCAGGUCGAGUUCAAGUUCCACGGACACCUCCCCUUCAACGCCCGGAUCUCCCACCUUUUUCUCCGUAAUCGAUAAGAAGUCCUCCAAAGUGCCCGAAGGAACAUUAAUACAUUCCACUCAAUUUAAUACGAAUCAGAAGGAUCGACACGUGACGAUCGUAGAACACAAUAAUUGCUGGACGGGCGUUAUACCAAUGUCUUUACCAAUUGUGUUCUCGAAAUCACGUAUCGCAUGUCCAAUGUUGGCAUUAAAUGCUACGGUGACAUUGCAGUCGAUAGAAAUCGAGGAGAAAAUGAAGAGGGAAAUAGAUUUGUACUCGACGCGUUAUUUCGGAAGAAACUUGUUGGCGGGAUUGGAUGACGGUAGAUCUCAAUUCGCUAUUAAUAUCAAUUGCUCGCUCCAAUUCUUACGAACUCAACAUUUCAUUCCAGAUUCGGACUUUGAGUACGAGGACGCGAUUUUCCAUACGUCUCCGGUGAACGAACCCAAACGAUCACGUGCAUUACCUGAAACUUCAUUCGCUAAGCGCACCUGUUGCAAGAUGCUACCAGUGAAAACCGCAUUAAAUGUACGAAUGCGAACCACCGCCAUCUCUCCCCUAGAAAAUUCCAUGAUGAUAUCAAUCUCCGUAGAGAAUAAUAACAUGGAUUCAAAAAGUUCAUUCUUGAUUGAAUCGAUCAAGGUCAAUGUAUCCCACGGUUUCGUGACGAGAUAUGAAUUGGCGCAGGAUGAGGCAAUCGAGAGAUUCCCAUUAUCACUUGAUUCGAUCGAUCAAGUUACAUUUCUUUACCACAUCACCAUACUUGAAAAGCCACCUUUACCCAAACCCUCACCCCCACAAUAUUAUCCCACUCCUCUGCCAAACUCGUGUGCAUCCUCUCGACAAGGGACGCCAAUACUUAUGGGUGAAAAAAUCGGUAACGUGGAGUCAAAAUGGAAUUGUAUGUUAGAUUUGGCGAGCUUCUUUAAGCGUGAUGAUUCCACCAUUCCCACCAAGACGAGUCCUUGUGGCACUGCGAGUCAACGGACGUUGUCGCUGCGCUCGAGAUAUGGUUCAUCCCAAAUUUCAUCGACGGGAAGCUCCGCAUUUAUAUCCACCGGCAUCACAACGCCUGCAACCACGAAAAGCAUCUACCACGCGAUUAUGAGUGGAUGUGCGAAGAGGUCGACGACCGGAUCGACAAUGUGCGAUAACGCGUCGGUGCAUAGCGAGAUUGCAUCCAACACCAAUGGCAUUCUUCAUGGAGGAAGAACUCCUUUGACAAAGCGUCCAAUGGAGACGAAUGUGGAUGAUGGUGUCAUCCUAUCGCUUUCUGCGAGUUCUAAAAUUGCGGUUGGCAAGGUUUUCUCGGUGCGGGUGUUCAUAGUAAAUAAGUCAAAGUUCACUCGAAAAUUCACCAUCACCGUUCCUGACAACAAAAAGCGAAGAAACGACGCUCACAACGGUGCAACGGUACGCCGAAACGCGAAACUCCCAAUAGAACCUUUUAUGGAUGAGAAUGAAUUUCUUAGUAGGCAUUUGGAAUCAGAAAUUCCGGAAGCCGGUAUCAUUUGUUUGAAUAAUAAUAUUCAAAUAGGGCCACUUCGUCCUUCAACAUGCGAAUCCGUGUCUCUACACUUUAUUGCAAUGAAAGAAUCAUUACACCCCAUCGAGCUCAUACAACUUAUAGAUGCGGAGACGGGAUACAUUACGAAUCUUCGAAAUACUUUGGAGAUAUUGGUUCCCAAAACUUCAAAUAAAAGGGAAUCCAAUGACGCCGAAACGAUUUUCAAGAAACAUUUGAUAAUUUGA